CGCGACGUGUCCCUCCAGGUGGCCGUGACGUCACAUGAGCUCGAGGUAAAGAAGGCGAGGACUUGUGAGAGAGCGGCUAAAUGCUGCCGGAGUCCGAGAGGAGACUUACCUCGGUUUGGACACCUACCUUUAUUCAACUAUGGGUGCUUUGACCUCCUGCGGGGGGUAAUUUUAUCGAAACACUUAAAAAGGUCCCCAUCUUUAGUCUCUUCUCUGAAGUUGAAGAGCUAACGCUCAUUUGGACUGGGUGGCCAUCAUGGGGAACCAGCUGACGGAUAUCGCUCCCAACACGCCGUUCCUGCCGAGCUUCCAUAGUCUCCAUGUGGUGGUCCUUGGCCUGGAUUCCUCCGGAAAAACCUCCCUUCUCUACCGGCUCAAGUUGAAGGAGUUUGUGAAAACAAUCCCCACCAAGGGCUUCAACACGGAGAAGAUCAAGGUCCCUGUGGGGGCGUCCCGCUCCAUAAACUUCCAGGUGUGGGACGUGGGGGGACAGGAGAAGUUGCGGCCGCUGUGGAAGUCCUACACGCGUCGGACCGAUGGGAUUGUGUUUGUGGUGGACUCCACGGAACUGGAGCGCAUGGUGGAGGCCAGGGUGGAGCUUCAUAAGAUCACCCGCACCUCGGAGAACCAGGGCAUCCCGGUGCUGAUCCUGGCCAACAAGCAGGACCUGGACUCUGCCCUGUCUGCCGGCGAGGUGGAGAAGCUGCUGUCCAUCCAGGAGCUCAGCAUGUUCACGCAGCACCACGUGCAGAGCUGCAGCGCCGUGGAUGGCCAGGGACUGCAGGCCGGCCUGGAGAGACUUUACGAGAUGAUCUUAAAGAGGAAGAAGAUGGUGAAGCACAACAAGAGCAAAAAAAGAUGAAGCUUGGCCUGCGUGAGGACCUGAAAAGGAUUUUAAUGCUGUGGGGACACUUUUGUUGCUUGAAGAAGGAAAGCAAUCUGUGCCAACAAAACAAAGAGGGAAGGAUUUACUCCAAAUGCUAAAGCAGUAUUAUUAAUAUAUGUUAGCAGUUAUGCAGCUGCUCCUUCACAUUUUACUGUAUGGAUGUCAAGGAAGCAGCAACUGCAGAUAAUCUGAAAUAGGUGCUUUAGGUCUUUUUAUGCAAAUUGUACAGCUUUGUAAAUAAGUCUGAAUAAAUCAAAACACUGUGGAGAAAACUGGCUUCAA